UUUCAUUAACAAGAAGCAUUGGGGAAACUUACGUGAUGAAACUCAUAUUUUUAUCCAUAUUUUUAGCGUCUGCUUUACACCAGGCAGACAGCAAUGGCUAUUAUGACAAGAUUUUGUCACACAGUCGCAUAAGGGCAAGAAAAGAGGGUCCAAAUGUCUGUGCUUUGCAACAAGUUAUGGGAACCAAAAAGAAGUACUUCAGUACUUGCAAAAACUGGCACCAAGGGGCCAUCUGCGGCAAGAAAGCGACUGUCAUGUAUGAAUGCUGCCCUGGCUACAUGAAAUUGAAUGGCCAACAGGGAUGUCCUGCAGUUGCUCCAAUCGACAAUGUGUAUGGCACCCUUGGUAUUGUUGGUGCUUUAGCUACACAGGAUUACUCUGACAGGUCUGAUCUGAGAAAGGAAAUAGAAGGAGUUGGAUCUUUCACUUUCUUUGCACCCAGCAAUGAUGCUUGGGAUCUGCUAGACGCUGAAAUUCGAUCUUCAUUGCUGAGCAAUGUGAACAUUGAAUUGCUUAAUGCUCUUCAUUAUCAUAUGAUUAAUAAGCGAUUGCUGACAAAAGAUCUGAAAAAUGGCUUGACAUUUGAAUCCAUGCUUAAUAAUGAAAAAUUGUUAAUAAACCAUUAUCCUAAUGGGAUUGUUACAGUUAACUGUGCAAGAAUCAUCCAUGGCAACCAGAUUGCCACCAAUGGUGUUGUCCAUGUCAUUGACCGUGUUGUUACAGCUGUUGGAAAUACAAUUCAAGAUUUUGUUGAUUCUGAAGAUGAUCUCUCUUCUCUCAGAGCAGCUAGUAUUGCUUCAAACAUAUUUGACAAACUGGGCGAACCUGGACAUUAUACUCUUUUUGCCCCAACUAAUGAGGCUUUUGAAAAACUUCCACGUGGUGUUCUGGAAAGAAUUAUGUCUGAUAAAAAAGCUGCUGAAGCUCUCGUCAACUACCAUAUCCUGGACACUGUUCAGUGUUCUGAAGCCAUAAUGGGAGGUUCCGUUUUAGAUAACUUGGAAGGAAGCAGUCUUCAAGUAGGAUGUGAUGGUGACAGCUUAACAGUGAACGGUAAAAAGACUCUGAAUAGGAAAGAUAUUGUCACAACCAAUGGUGUCAUUCACUUGAUUGAUGAUGUCCUCAUUCCUGAUUCUGCCAAACAAGUCCUUGAGCUUGCUGGAAGCCAGCAGACAACUUUCACCGAUCUCAUGGCUCAGAUGGGUCUGGCAGCUGCAAUGAGACCAGAUGCAGAAUAUACACUUCUUGCUCCUUUAAACGAUGCUUUCUCUGAUGAAACCUUAAAAAUGGAUCAGCGUGUAUUAAAAACAGUUUUGCAGAAUCACGUUCUCAAAUCAAAAUUCGUUCUUAGUGAACUUUACAAUGGACAGACAUUGGAGACACUAGGUGGAAAGCAACUGAGAGUGUUUGUUUACCGUACCGCUGUGUGCAUUGAAAAUUCAUGCAUGCUUCGAGGAAGCAAAGAAGGAAGGAAUGGAGCAAUUCACACAUUUAGAAAGAUCAUUCGUCCAGCAGAGCAGUCCAUGUAUGAUAUUUUAAGCCAAGACAGACGCUACAGUAUUUUCCUAAGUCUUAUUGAAUAUGCUGACUUGAAAGAUCUUCUAAUGCAAGGUGGAGCUUGGACCCUAUUUGCUCCAACCAACGACGCAUUUGAAGGACUCAGCAGAGAAGACAUUGAAAUCUUAAAGAAAGACAAAGUUGCUCUGCAAAAUAUUCUCCUCUAUCAUCUGGCUCCCGGUGUGUUCAUCGGAGAUGGAUUUGAACCUGGUGUAACAAAUGUUAUAAAAUCUCUUCAAUUAAGUAAAUUAAUGAUCAAAGCGGGAAAUAAUUCCAUUUUUGUAAAUGACGUUCCAGCUCAGGAGUCCGAUCUCAUGGCAACUAAUGGUGUAAUCCACACUGUAAAAAAGCUGCUGUACCCUGCAGAUGCAUCUAUUGGUAAUGAACAACUUCUACAAAUUCUUAACAAAGUCAUCAAGUACUUCACCAUCAGGUUUGUUCGUGGCAGUUCAUUCAAGGAAAUUCCCCUCAAUCAAUAUAUUACAAAACUCCGGGUCAGCAAAGGUCCCUCAACCACUAAAAUAAUUGGAGCUGAAACUGUUCGCAAAGUUAUUCAAGGGGGCACUUUGACUGAGGAACUUGAUGCAUCUGGGAUUAAAAUCACAGAGCCAACCAUUACCCAAGUGACAAAAAUAAUUCAAGAACCAGAAGUCAAAGUGAUUCAGGGGGGAGAGACAAGAAUUACAAAAGUAAUCCAAGAACCCACAAUAACUAAGGUCACUAGAGUGAUUGAAGGUGAGCCAGAUUUUAAACUGAUAAAGGAAGGCGAGACGCAAGUGACUAGAAUCAUCCAAGGAGAUCCCACACUAACUAAGAUCACUAGAGUGAUUGAAGGUGACCAAGAUUUUAAACUGAUAAAGGAGGGUGGAACUCAAGUGACUAAAGUCAUCCAAGGCCCUGAAGUAAAAGUUACUCGCAUUUCUGGAGUUGGAGGUGACCUCGAUGAGGCUACACUGAAAAGAAUGCUUGAAGAAGAAGUUACCAGAGUAUCCAAGUUCAUUGAAGGUGAUUCACAAUUACUUGACGAUGACGAGCUGAAAAGGCUUCUCCAGGGAGGUUCCGAGAUCUCCAAAGUCACAACAAUAGUUGAAGAGCCACAAGUUAGAAGGGUACAGACUAGCAGAAGGAUACAAGGUCAACCUGUAAGAAGAAAGCUGAAGAGAAGCCAUAAGUUAUAACUCCAUUAACAACAGAAACUGUACCGAAAAAUGGAACAUCUGCUUGAAGAGAAAUACUUAAACAGUGUGCUAUCAUGGAAUAGGGGUUUAAUGGUUUAUAUGACAUCUUGCACAAAUUGUGUCUUUAUUUGAGAAAAACUUCAUACUGAUGUCCUGAAAAUAAAUUUGAAUAAGGAGGGUGGUAUGUAUGAAAUAUCAAAAACACAUAAAUUGCUGAAUGUAUCUUCGAAAUUUAGAUAAUUUCCAUAAUAUAUAACCCUCUCUAGCAAAUAAUGUGCCAUAAAAUGCUAAUUAUUUUAAAGUCAAAUCUAAAAGCUCAAGGAUUUAAAAAAGCAAAACAAAGAUAUUUUAGAGAUACAGCGAUUCCACAUUAGUCGUAGAAAAGCUACUACCGCUAUACUUCAUAAGAUGACUCUUAAAAUUUUCUAAACUUGUUUGAAAUGUUUUUAAAUGACAGAAGGUGUUAAUUUGUUAUCAUUCCUACUGCUACUCAGUUUGUAAGGGUAGCAUAGUUUCUUACAAAAUGAAUAAAAAACGAAAAUAUACCACUAUUGGUGCUUGGAAUUGAAGCCUUUUCAAAAGUAGAAAAAAAUAAAAAAAAUAAAUGAAAAAUAAAAAAAAGGAACUGCUAUACAAAUUGUUGAUACUAACUCAAGUGGGUUUUAUUUGUAAAUGAUGUCAUUUUUUAUAACAUAAAAUUAUAGAGUCAUUUGCUUAAUUUUUUUUUAUUUUUUUUUGGUUCACAUGUGUUGCAAUGCAACAACAAUGUAUGCUAGGGAGGAAAUGUUUACCUUAUGUCCCUGUGCCUUUUUCUUUAAAGGCUUUAAAAAUCUGUUGGGUGUGCCUGUAUACCUCUGUUUCUUAAACGAAUACUCAAUAAAGAAUGUGGUUGAAUUAUA